CGCAAUUUCUGUCCUAGUCGUCGCCCGGUUGACAGUACAUCAGUAACCUCUACAGUUUUCCCACCAUAUUACCGUUCCAAAGCCUCGCAUGUGGUUGAUAUUUGCUCUAUUACUGAUCCUAAUUGCACAUUUUUAAUUGCUAAGCUAAGAGUUGCCGCUAAUAACCUUAAGGUAACUCCAGCUGACAUAAAAGGGCAGUCAUCACCACAGCUCAUGCACCAAGCAAACUUCACCACUACAGACUCACAUCCCCCUGGUCUCAUCACUAAAGGCCAGGAGCAACACACAGCUACUUGAUUCUGGCAUGGGUGGGACUGAGCAAACUAAGCUACGGAUUUUGUGUCUACAUGGAUACAGGCAAACUGGCACCACCUUCAGGGAAAAGACAGGAGCUUUCAGGAAGUUGUUAAAGAAACAUGCAGAGUUUGUGUUUGUGACAUCACCAGUGAGAGUGCCACCACUGACACCAGGCAGUGAUGGGGGUGAUAAGGAAGAUGGUGGAUGUGGGUGGUGGUUCAGUCAGCCCAAUGAUUACUUCAAGGCACAGGAUGAGUCUGAGUGUGUUAAAGGAUACAAUGAUUCCCUGAAGGCUGUAGUGGACUUUGUGAAUGAGAAUGGGCCCUUUGAUGGCCUGCUGGGCUUCAGUCAAGGAGGAGCCAUGCUUGGCCUCCUCUGUGGCCUCCAGCAGCAGGGAAACCUACCCUUCUCCUUCAAGUUUGCCAUCUUUGCCUCAGCCUUCAAGUCACGCUCCUCACCACACCAACCACUCUACUCGGAGAAGAUAGCUCUGCCGUCCCUACACGUGUUUGGUGAAGAAGAUCAGGUGAUACAGAAACACAUGAGUGAUGAGUUCCUGCAGUACUUCCAUGAGCCUCAAACACUGGUGCAUCCUGGAGGUCACUUCAUCCCUGCCACGGGGGCACAGAAGGCCAUCUACAUCACCUUCCUGGAGAAAAUGGCACAGCUGACAUGAUUGAAGUGAAUUAUGAAGUGAUCAUUAAGGCUGGAUGCAUUGAAAUGACUAGUUGAAUGGAGGGAGAGAGAGAGAGAGAGAGAGAGAGAGAGUGUUGAUGUGUACUACAGUUGAUGACCAAGUUGACACAUCUGAUUAGGAUGGAUAAGAAGUGAGGUGAUAUCUAUAUUAACUUUUUAGGAAUAUGAUUAUGAAGUUGACAUGAUUAAUUGGAUAAAUAAAAAAGUGAUGUAACAUGGCUGAUUAACAAGUUAACAUAACUGCUUAAGAAUAAAGAAGUGAAGGAGUACCCAUGAUUACUUCAGGCAAAAUGUGGUGCAGAUGACAGACAAGGUGACAUAACAUGAUUGAGAUGAAUAAGAAAUUAUGUGAUGACUGAGUUGACAGAUCAAUGGAAUGACAUUGUUACUGUGGAAAAAAAAAAUAAUAAUAAAUUUGAUUCUCUUC